AUUUGAUUCAGCAAUGGUGGCAUUCUUAGAAUGUCUGCAACAGUUUCGGGAUGAAGUUGAGAAAGAAGAUUCAAGUUUUAACCUUCCGUACAAGAUGAGCAAGGGUAAAAUCUAUGAAGGGGAAAACACUCACUAUUCUAUCAAAAUGCAGUUCAAUUCGGAGGAGCAGUGGACAAAAGCACUCAAAUACAUGCUGACCAAUCUAAAGUGGGCCCUGGCCUGGCUGUCAUCUAGGAAAAGUUUAGGGGAUUAG